UACAGAUACACAGACACGGAAAAGUUGUAAAAAAAUUCCAGAUUUUCUUCUCAUUUUGUAUUUUUUCCGAUCAAAAUUUUUAGUGAAAAAUGGAUGUUGACAUAGACGAAUCUGAACUGCAAGGUGAGGGCCAAUCACCUGGGGAGGGAGCAGCCGAAUUGAACCUAAAUAAUGAGCGCUUGGAUUGCGAAAACAUGGACGACGUUACGCGAAAGGUUGUCGAAAUAAUUCGCCCAUCCUUCUUUACAAUUGUCUUCCGUUUCUUUGGCAAUAUUGUUGUCGACGUAGUCCGCACCGUCUUCUAAGCAGAAAGCAAUAUUUGGAAGCCCAUAUUUGGAAGAUCUCUGUCGUAAAGGGUCCUGUGCCAAUACAUGCUGUGGCGUUUUCUCCAUUACUCCAAUGAUGCCUCUUCUAAUCCUCCCAAGUAUGAAGAGCUUUUCUCCCCAAACAGGAGAAAAUCAAGCGACUGCUUGGAUCAGGACAUACUCCUGUCAUAUCAACAUCAUUGUCUGGACAAUUAGUUACAAAUGUGCAUUUUUUAGAGAGCAAUAAAAUAUAUAGAGUGUCACAAUUUAAA